UGGCGAGCCCGUGCGGGGAUUGGAGGAAGGCUGUCCCAGCGGAAGCGGCGAAUAAUGACUUUGGCAUCAACAUUCUGGACCGCGGUCCCGAGAAGGCAAAGAAAGGCUGGGGCGAAGAAAGCUGCCGGUAGCAAGGCAGAGGACAGCAAGCGGGGGUGUUUUGGCAAUGUUGCACAUGGAGCAGCAGCCGUCACUUGCUAGCAGAAUGGCAGCAGAGAGAACGAAGGGAAGCAACAGGACUACGAAGCAGGGCUCCUGGACCCCGAUAUUUCACGGAUUUAGGAGGAAGCCCUCCUGAGCGGAGUGAGGUUUACUUCCAAGUAAACCUAAGACAGGCAGCAUCAUGCCAGGACUAAAUACAGCACUAAGGCUACAAUUUCCCUGAGUCGUCAUUCUCCGCUUUAGCGUCCUCAGUCCAGCUCCACAACCCGACCCCCGCCCACAUACGAACGCCUUCAACGCAUGCGCAGUAAAUAGAAAACGCAAAGCUAUAACAAACUUGUUGCCUGAAGGGGAGAAACACCACGGCUCUCACGCAACAGGCCCGCGCCUAUUGGCUGCCAAGCUCGAAAAUGCUCCUCCUCCUCUGCAGGCUCUGACCUCUCCAGGGCCGCUAUUUCUCCCGCCUUCUUUCUUUUCCUGACCUAUUAUUGUAUUUCUCUUCCGUAUCUCUCCCCGGAUAGCCCAUUGGGCAAUCGACCUCCACAGUUUUGCCUGCUGCCAUUGGACAGAAGGGGAGUAGCGGCUCGCUGAUUGGUUGCGUGGCUGGCGGAACUGCUGCCCCGUUGUUUCCACUGUAAUUACGUUCGAGAGAAGUCACGUUGUCGGCAUAUGGAGUCGGGUUUGUUAUAGGGCGGCUAGAGGUACUUACUAGUAUGAUCGAAUCUGGUGAUGGCAAGGGCUCUAAGCCUGUUUCCUAUGAAAGAAUUGUUUUCAAGAAUGCUUCUGAAUAUCAUUAUUUGAAGAUCCAAUUGGAGUUCCAAGAAGCUGGCACAAGCCUAAAUGCUGUUGAGUUCAAACAACUUAUUAUCUCGGCACUGAAACGGCUGCAUGGUGAGGUUGGUGCAGCCUUGCCUGUUGAUGUGCUGACAUAUGAGGAAAAAACUUGGUCUGCAAUACUUAGAGUACCUAGCCGUGGCCUGGUGAAACUGUGGAGUGCCCUAACACUGCUUGGUUCCUGCCAGAACAGAAAGUGUGCUUUUAGGGUGAUACAGGGUGGUGAGAUUUGAGGAUGCAACCUUGUGAGACUUGCUUGGAAUCUGAUACAGUCACUUCCAUUCUACACAUGCUACUUUAUACUUGGCACUCUAUUUAUGGAACUCCUUCCCCUGUGAGGCUUGCCUGGCACUGACACUGUUUUUCAUUGCCACACAAAAGCCUGUUUAUUUCCAACUUCUCAUAUCUGAUAUUGUUGUUUUUAUUUGGUUUUUAAAAAUGUGUGUGUUGUUUUACAAUUUAUUAUGUUGUCCAGUUUCAGUCAUCAUGUGGAGCCAGGACUGAAUGCUGGUUUCACAUCAGGCUUGGCAGUGCACACUCUCCUCUCCUUCAUGCUGAGAAGUGGAAUUAUUCUACUUCUGUUCUGAUCCUGGCUUAACAUGCAAGGAUCCAUUGCAGUGUCUGAACUGGGCAGUCCUGGCUUAUUGAAGCCAAAGUUUGCAAAUAAUCCAGCAUCUGAAUAAUAUCCUGAAUCAGGAUCUGGUUUAUUUGGAAUUUAGUUACAUUCCUGAAUUCUCCUGAUCCAGACAGAAAUCACAUCUUGGCAUGUUCUAAGCCAGGGUCAGAAGUAGAAUCAUUCUUCCCCUUGAAUGUGAAGGGGGGUUGGGGGAACUUGCAUGCUGAAGUGAGGAGAUGUCUCAUGAAACAAGGAUUUGCUCUUAGCUCUGAGUGAUGUCUGAACUGGGCCAUUGAUUUCUGGAUUGUCUUAGUUGUUGUGAACCAUACUGAUAAUCUCAUUGAAGAGUGGCAAAUAAAUAAAUAAUACUUUCCUGUUUGAUCAUCUUGUAGCCAUAUUUGUGGGGGGAAAUUCUUCUCCCUCCCUGGCCGCAUUUUUUUCCUUGGCUGCUCUUUGAAUACAAAUUAUUGUGUUAGCUCUUGCCAGCAACUGGUUUCACUGGAAACCUGCUGAUAGUUGAAGCAUAACUUGAGCAAACGGUGCUCUCCAUCUUCCUCAGCAUUCCUCACUGAAAUGCCUAACUUAACUCAGCCACUUAACUUGUAGCUCCUAGGCUUACAUUAUUGUGGUGGUGGGGGGUGGGGGAGAAAAGGUCUUGAGAGGAAUCAAACACACUUCUACUCAGUUGGUUCUGCUUGCUCAUUUUGUUUGAUGCAGAGGGAAUUAACUUGGUGACUAAUAACUUCCUUGGGUCCUUUUCAUAUGUUGUGUGUGUGUGUAUGUGUGUUCUC